CUCAAAUACUCUUCUGCAAUUUCUAACUAUAUAUUACACUCUAAAAUGAAAAUUUAACCGUGAAAUAUUAAAAAUAACACAUUCUAACAUCACAAAUAUCAUCAAUGACAUCACUAUAUAAUAUACUCAUGAAAAAUACUUCUCAAAAAUAUUAAAAGAACCUUAUUUAAUUAUUGUAUAAACAAAACCAAACACUAACUUUUCCCUAGCGAGAGCUCUUGCGUAGGGUUUGUGCUUCGCCGCCCUGGUGCGGCGCUUCUUCAAUCGAUGCGGCAUUGCGUAGGAUUGCCAUGGUUUUGACGCAACUAUGGAUGGAUGAUCGUGGCAGCAAGAAGAUAGAGGAAGAAGCAGGAGAGAGACGCAGGGAUGAUCGAGACAUGGUUAGCGUGGAGAGGUUGUACGCUCCAUUCGAUGGCAUAGAUUUGGGUCAUAUGGCGGGUACGCUACUGAGACUGAGAGAGGGUAUCAAUCGAGCGACGGUCCGACCUCCUCUUGAACCACCGCCAGGGAUUGAACGAGGUGCUAGGAUUCAAGAUAUUUAUUUUGCUUAUUUAGUUUUCUUCAUGCUUUGUCCUCCUCCGAUGAGUUUUUAUCAUUUUGUCCUUUGGAUUCUUGUUAUUGUCUAUGUUGCUAGGUUUGUCAAUCUGUUGGGAUUUUUAGCCUUUUUUAUGUCAUUGGGUAUGUUUGGAUCUAUGGGAACAUGGAUGGCUGUGUCAAGCCCGAUACAUGGUUAGCGAUUCGUGUGGCUCUUUCAGGGGUGACCGUCUCCACGUCUGGCCAUAGGGUCUACAGUCAUAGUUGUUGGAAUUUAGCUGGAGUCUGUUUUGUUUUUCCUUUGAUUGUUGUAAUGAUCCUGAAACUGCUUAUGAUAUGAAGAGAGG